AUGUCAACCGUAGAAAGAUCGUUAUCAUCAUCAUCGGAACAUGUGGAUCCUAUUCUACAAAUAAUUAUUAUGGAAUUUACUCCAUUGGUUGAUGAAUCGAUUAUUAGAGAUUUAUAUUUGGAGAAUGGAUGUGAUUUUGAUAAAACUAUCAAUGAAUUAUAUUUCAUCUUGUCAUCUAAUGAUCCUUCUAUUUCGGAUAUAGAAUCCAAUGCAGAUUCUCUAAAUAAUAUUUCUAAUGUGGCAACAUUUAGUGAUAGUGAUAAUUAUCAAGAUUUUUCACUUCAUUCACCAAUUAAUAGAGAUGAUGAAAACAAUGUAUUACUACUUUACCAUAUGUUUAAAGAUAUUAAAAGUGGAGAUGAAGAUUUAAUUGAAAAGGAUUUUAUUCAAUUUUUAUAUGAAGAGAAUGACAAGGAUUUAUUUCAAACUAUGGAAGUAUUACGUAGAGCAUUAUGUAGUCAAUAUGAUGAUAUUUCUAUUCCAGAAACUAGUGUAAAUAAUAAUCAAAAACAACCUUCAUCGUUAUUUGCUGCAAUUGAACGAAAUAAGCCACUUAGUGAAAUGGCACGAGAAUUACCAGUGUAUUUUAUAGUAGAAGAUGAACAAGAAAAGAAAAAGAAACAAAAACAAAAGCAAAAACAGAAAACAAGCGAAAAGAAAAAGAAGGUUGAAAUGGAAACUAAGGACAAACAACAAAAAAUGAAACAAUUAUGUGAAAUAUUCCCAAAUAUUGACAGAUCCAUGAUAGAAUCUCAGUUAAUUGCUAGUAAUUUCAGUGUUGAAGAAGCUACCUUGUAUAUUUUAAAUCAAACCACUAAAUCAUCUGGUAAUAAUCAAAAGAAGAAACCUAGUAAUAAUGGUAGAGGUGUUGUAAGAAACGAUUUACUUGUUGGUGGGUCUAGAUGGAGUACUAAUAGUGGCUCUAUUUCUCCAACCUCUACUCCUAAGUCAAACCUCAGUUUGCAAAUGAAAAAACAAAAAUUAUCCGAUCUUAUCAAAGGAAAGGGUGUAUCUCUCGAGUUUGCAACUGAAAUUUUUGCUCAAUGCAAUGAAAACUUGACCAAUACCAUUGAAACACUUGCAGAAAUGUAUCCUAAUCAAUUUAAGAAUCAAUCAUCUAGUGAAGAUUUACUAAUCAAGCCAACUAGUCAAGAAGUUAUCUAUGGUACCACUAUUGGUCCACAAUCAGCUGUUUUACCAUCCAAUAUUGUAAAUGUUAAUGAGAAUAAUUCUAGAAAUCAAUCAAGAAUUGCAUUGGAUGAGCUUAUGCAAAAGAGAAAGCAUUUCCAACUACCUGACUUGGUUGACACUGAAUCUAGUUAUUUGCAAGCAUCUAAUCAAUAUACAAAAUUAAGAGAUAAGUUUAUGGAGCUUGCUGUCAGAGCACAACAAAAUGGAAAUUAUGGAUUGGCGACAAACUACAUGUCUAAAGCAAGACAAUACUCAAUAAUUGUUGAAAAUUGUCAUGAUAGAGCAAAUGAAAUUUCAGUAAGAGAGCAAACAGGAGGAAAGAUGAUAACAAGGCCAAGAAAUCUCGAUUUGCAUGGUUUGGUUUUACAAGAUGCCUUGGAAACAUUAGAAGAAUUCCUUAACAAGAUGAGAAAUUCAUGUGAGAAGGUUAAUAUUAUUACAGGUUCAGGAAAACACUCCAAGAACAACCAGCCUGUUUUGUUACCUGCAGUUAAUCAAUACUUGUUAGAAAAUGGAUAUGAUUUUAAACAGCUAGGAAAAGGUGUGUUCCAAGUUAAAUUCAGAUAG